AUGUCCGAUUCACAAUCUCUCGUAGAUAUCGUCAAACGUGAACAAGGCCAAUUCGAUGCAGAAUGUAUUCUCUUCAUCGACUUAAGUUCUCGAAAACUUACCGAUGCAAACAGUUUGAGUAUGUGUCGAAAUCUAAUCACUUUAAAUUUGAACAACAAUAACUUGACGAACAUUCGUGCGUUUGGUGUAUUUACACAAUUGAAAAUCCUCUCCUUAGCUCAAAAUCAAUUGACUUCUCUCGAUGGCCUUCAAACAUGUGAAAAUUUAGAAGUAUUAAAUGUGUCUGGGAACGAUCUAGCCGGGUAGGAAGAGGAUUCAGUACAGUUUUCAGACAUGACCUUGAAG